GUUUACGGGAACAGAUGGACCAAGUGGUUUUGGAUUUGAGUUGACAUUUCGACUAAAGAGAGAAACGGGGGAGUCGGCACCACCUACCUGGCCAGCGGAGCUAAUGCAAGGCUUAGCCAGAUACGUCUUCCAGUCAGAAAACACCUUCUGCAGCGGCGACCAUGUAUCAUGGCACAACCCGUUGGACAAUAGUGAAUCUAGAAUCCAGCAUAUGUUACUGACAGAAGAUCCUCAGAUGCAGCCAGUGCAGACUCCUUUUGGGGUUGUUACUUUCCUACAGAUUGUUGGGGUUUGCACUGAGGAACUGCACGCAGCUCAGCAGUGGAACGGGCAAGGGAUCUUGGAACUGCUUCGGACUGUCCCGGUAGCUGGAGGCCCCUGGUUGAUAACAGAUAUGCGAAGAGGAGAGACGAUAUUUGAGAUUGACCCACAACUGCAAGAGAGAGUUGACAAGGGGAUUGAAACAGAUGGCUCCAACCUGAGUGGAGUGAGUGCCAAAUGUGCCUGGGAUGAUCUCAGCCGGCCCCCAGAGGAUGAGGAAGACAGCAGGAGCAUUUGCAUUGGGACCCAGCCGCGGCGGCUCUCUGGAAAAGAUACGGAGCAAAUCAGGGAGACUUUGCGGAGAGGGCUUGAGAUUAACAGCAAACCGGUUCUACCUCCGAUAAAUGCACAAAGACAGAAUGGGCUGAACCACGACCGAGCACCAAGCCGUAAGGACAGUUUAGAAAGCGAGAGCUCAGCAGCUAUCAUUCCUCAUGAGCUAAUACGCACGAGACAGCUGGAGAGCGUACACCUGAAAUUUAACCAGGAGUCUGGAGCUCUCAUUCCUCUCUGUCUAAGGGGAAGGCUCUUACAUGGACGGCACUUUACAUAUAAAAGUAUUACAGGGGAUACAGCAAUCACGUUUGUAUCCACAGGAGUAGAAGGAGCCUUUGCUACAGAAGAACAUCCCUAUGCAGCACACGGACCUUGGUUACAAAUCCUAUUGACCGAAGAGUUUGUAGAGAGAAUGCUGGAAGAUUUAGAAGAUCUGAAUUCUCCAGAGGAAGUAAGGCUGCGUCAUUCCUGUAUCUCCCGUGUGCUGUCCUAG